CAAGAUUAACCUCGCAACCGUUUUCAGUACUGUGAAAGUAAGAUGCAUGCAAACGGGCAGGGGUGGACGCUGCUCUGGGGGCUCUCGCUUUGCGCGCACUGCGAAGCGUGUACACUCCUCACCUCAUCUCAUCAUCCGCGUCUCUAAACCUCCCUACUCACUCUCCCGCUCUCUCUCUCUCUCUUUUUCUCGUUCACAGAAGCUAUUUUAACUUUGCAAAGACGACAGAAUUUCAGUGGCCAAAUGGCUUAUUGAAGAAAGCGACCUUCAAAUUUAUAGAGGAGAGAAAUUACGAUACUGUGGCAGGCGGCAGUGGGUUUCUUUUUUUUUUUUCCCGAGCGAUUGGCCAUUUCUUCAAAUGAGAAAGUCUGAGAAAUGUCUUUUUCUGUGGGCGACACCAUCAGCAUCCGAGCCAUAAUGUACAGGCGAAAACAAGCCAGUCUUUGCGUCCUUCAAACAAUAUCUGGAUUGACGAGAACUCAGAGGUCUCAGAGUGCUUAAUGCCAUUAACUCCUUCACUGACAUAAACCAGUCACCGAGGAGCCUCUUUCACAUCACUUUUUCAUCUCCCUGCUGUCACCGAGAAGCUCCUUCCACUUUUUUUUUUACCCCUGCUGAUUAUGGAGAAUCUCAGUGAACUCCAAAAUCCAUUGCUGGACAAAAACAGUAAACACAUGAUCAAUGGUUACGGAGGAGAAUUCCCCAACAAUCAUUACCAGGAAAACAUUAUAAACUACUUUGCUGGAGGAGGAGGUGGAGGUGGAGGAGGUGAAGGUGGAGGAGGAGGAAAAGUGAGUAAUGGCAAUGCAGUGAGCGGAAGUUACAAUACCAACGGGAAGGUGAAAUCCCAGCAGUUUUUGGAUGCCACCUCGCUACAUCUGGCAGUAGAAGCCUUCUACAGACCCAAUUUCAUCCUAUACAAGGAGGACAGUGGCAGCAUUAAGGCUAAGGAAUACAGAAAUGAGUGCUGUGAGACCACCUUCACUGAGAAAAAGGAAAAGGAGGUGUCUAACACAACUGGGGCAGACACGCCCAGCACGGAAGAACCCCAGACGAAGCUGCUGGAGGACGGCGAACACAUCAAGAUCCAAACGGUUUCCUAUGAGGUGGAGGAGGAGGAGUAUGUGGAAUAUGAGACAGACUGUUCUACCGACAGCGAGAGUGAAGACAACUUCAUAGUUGUCCCUCCACGAGAUCAUCUCGGCCUGGCCAUAUUCUCCAUGCUCUGCUGUUUCUGGCCUUUGGGGAUUGCAGCAUUUUACUUCUCACAAGGGACCACUAAGGCAGUGAACAAAGGUGACUUCCCGCUGGCCAACAUCGCCUCCCGAAGGGCUUUGUUCUUAGCUGCCCUCUCCAUCACUAUAGGCACCGGUGUGUAUGUAGGGGUAGUGGUAGCGCUCAUUGCCUACCUCUCUAAACCAGGGCACAUAUAGCAGUCACACCUUCUUUCCAAACACCUCCAGGGAGCCCAGGAAGAGAACACCGUCCUCUGGGGAAUGUCACUGCGCCUGCAGACUUUGAGGAAAGUUUUUCCAGGAUGUACAAUU